CACACCAAGAUUGUUAAAACUGGCCUUAGGUUAUUGAGCGAUCUGAUUAGGAUUUACCCUCGUAGCAAGGCCUAUUUAUCAUGUGGAGGUUUCAUUCAGGUCUCUUUUUUUAAAAACACACUGUCUUUGGCAGGAGAAAGACCAGACUCAGAGGAACCAGAGCCAGGGACGUCCAAACCAACAAGAAGACACCAGUGUUCCCACUGUGGAAAGUGUUUUAACCAGUUAAGGGACCUGAAAGUUCACGAGAUAAUACACACAGGGGAGAAGCCUUACCACUGCUUCCAGUGUGGCAAGUGUUUUAAGCAGUUAGGGAACCUGAAACAACAUGAGAGAAUACAUACAGUUGAAAAGCCUUACCAGUGUUCCCACUGUGGAAAGUGUUUUAACCAGUUAAGGGACCUGUACCGACAUGAGAGAAUACACACAGGGGAGAAGUCUUACCACUGCUCGCAGUGUGGAAAGAGUUUUAACGGGUCAGGGUAUCUGAAAAAGCAUGAGAGAAUACACACAUUGGAGAAGCCUUACCACUGCCCCCAGUGUGGAAAGUGUUUCAACCAGCCGGGGGAGCUGAAAUGUCACGAGAGAAUACACAGAGGGGAGAAGCGUUACCACUGCUCCCAGUGUGGAAAGUGUUUUAACAAGUUAGGGAACCUGAAACAACAUGAGAGAAUACACACAGGGGAGAAGCCGUACCACUGCUCCCAGUGCGGUAAGAGUUUUAACAAUUUAGGGAACAUGAAAAAACAUGAGAAUACACACAAGAAGCCUUACCACUGCUCCCAGUGUGGAAAGUGUUAUAACCUUUUAGAGAACCUGAAACAACACGAGAGAAUACACACUGCCUUACCACUGCUCCCAAUGUGGAAUGAGUUUCAACCAGCCGGGGGAGCUGAAAUGGCAUGAGAGAAUACACACAGGGGAGAAGCCUUACCAUUGCGGAAAGUGUUUCAACCAGCUGGGGGAGCUGAAAUGCCAUGAGAGAAUACACACAGGGGACUUGCUGUCUUAUAUUGUUGACUGAUAAUGAUUACCUGUUUUUACCAUAUGAACUUGAAUUGUACAAAGUAUACUAAAACAUAUAUUUGUAUGUUUUUAUUAGAAAAAAUGACUAGAAUAUGGAGUUUUAAUAUAGAGUAGGUCAGAUUCCUUCUGUUUUAAAUUGUCCUUUUUUAAACUCUGACACUGUGUGUGUGUUUAUCUGUGUGUCAUUCCUCCAGCACUGCAGAUAAUCAAGUGUUAUUUGGAUGUGAUGCAUUUGUUCCGUUGUUUACAUUUGCAAUGUUGGCCCAGUGAUGAUUUAAUGAAAUGAAAAUGUUCACAGACUCUGUAAUGCAAAAUGUUAAUUGUAUGUGUCCACAUAUCUGAGUAUGUGACUUGUGGUGGAUGAAUCAGAAUUAGUUGGGUAACAUAGAUAAUUAAGAUGUCUUAUCUGCAUAAUAUGCUGAUGUGAUGUACUUGUUAUUAGAAUGUAUCCCUUUGGACUCUGGUGAUGGCAGUUGCACUUCUUCCCUCAGCUGGGGCUCAGUCACCUGGGGCCCAGAGAGGGAAGAGGUCAGGCUUGUCUUUUACAUGUCCCUGGUGCUAUGCAGAAUAUCAGGAAGGGAAGAGGACAGGAGGGAACAUUGUCUUCAUAUGUGAAUGUAUCUGUUAAACUAUGUAAAGGGAUGGUGUGAUUAAUGGGGAACCAAUUACUGGUUUCCACAAUGUCUGUGCGCAAGUCACUCCCUCCUUUGGCAUUGGGGGAGGUGUAUGGCAGCGUCUGGAACCAUUGUAUGUCCUCUCUGAUGUUGCACUUAUCCUGGGAUAGUGUAUGACCUAGAGGCUCACUCCCCUCAGUGAGCUUGUCCAGGAGUGGGGUCAAGAAGGGGUUUUACUUGAGAUGGGAGUAUCUAGAGUUGACAAUUGAGUUAUGCCAUUGGAUGGGUUGGUGUUUUUGUGCAAUGAAGUACCAGGAAAGAGAUUAGAACCUCGUCUUAGGGACCAAACUGAAUGAUAAAUUAUAGCGAAUGCUAUCUGGCUACGGGAUACUCCUUUCUCAUUAUAAAGUCUCACUUUGUGAACUGUUCCUAAUAUCUGUGGUUUGUUAUGUCGACUAGGGGGGUGGAUCUUUGCUAUAAAAGAUCUCAGUAGCCAUUGUUUUGACACUCAACGGUUUAUUAUAAAUAGUGAAUUGUUGAAAGUCAUUGCAAAGAUGUAGUUUAAGUAUAACUCUGAUUGGUGUGUGAAGUUUGUCUCUCCUCAUUUGGUAAUACAGAAAUUAACCACCACAGACGAAACUUGUGAAACUGACCUAUUAUAAUCUCCUGUUCCUGGGAGUAUCAUCCUGCGUUGCAAACCAGCUGCCCCUGCGUCUUUGUAUGAAUAAAGUCCCUCCCAGGAACAGGAAACUAUAAAGAUAUGUACUAUAAAGAUAUGUGCUCAUCACCUAAUGCUUCAGGAAUUCAAACUGUCUACACUGCGCUGUGUAACUGUUAUUCUCUCUGAGCUCAGAAAUAAAGAAUCUUGGUUUGA